GUGUGGCAAAAUAUUGAACUCCGGUACAAACUUCAAUGUUAUAAGCUUCCAGCCCAACUCAGCCCUGCAUCGUUGCCAGAACCACCCUGAAAAAUGCCUCAGAAGCCCUCCCUCUCUCUUCUUACUUUCCUGUCCCUCCUCCUCCUCACUUGUGCAAGAGUUGAUAUCGAUCAUUCAGACCUCAAAGCCUUCUCCAUCAUCCACAAAGACUUGGGCAUCAAUGAUCAACGCUGCCCCUCCAUCAACCCUUGCAAUAUCCCUGGUGUCUUCUGCGAGAGAAGACUCUCUAACAACGCCACCUAUGUACUCAAAAUCACCAGACUCAUCUUUAAGUCCCAACGCCUCUCUGGGUUCUUGUCUCCGGCUAUUGGCCGCCUCUCGGAGCUCAAAGAACUUUCUCUUCCUAACAACCAAUUAGUUGACCAAGUCCCUCCCCAGAUUGUUGACUGCAAGAAACUGGAAAUUCUUGACCUCGGAAACAAUCUGCUUUCCGGUGAAGUUCCCUCUGAAUUGUCGAAACUUUUACGCCUGCGGAUUCUUGAUCUCUCCAACAAUAAAUUCUCUGGCAAUUUGAGUUUCUUGAAGCAAUUCCCUAACUUGGAGCGUCUCUCUCUUGCAAAUAAUCUCUUUACUGGGAUAGUUCCUAAGUCUAUACGUUCAUUCCGUAAUCUCCAAUUCUUUGACUUCUCUGGAAAUAGCUUUCUUGAGGGACCUGUGCCGCUGAUGAGCAAAGCUGGAUCCAUGGCUUCUCAAUACCCAAAGCGUUUCAUGUUAGCUGAGAAUGGUAAAACCAAAGGAGACAAAAAUUUUUCUUCUGCAGCAGGACCUUCGUCUGCAACCACGGGCUCUGCUCAAGCUCCUGCCCCAUCUUCGACAGGAGGCGAACAUCACAAGAAAAAAAAGAGCAAGAAGCUCAGUGGGUGGCUCCUAGGAUUUCUCGCCGGAGCAGUUGCUGGAAGUAUAUCCGGGUUUGUGUUCUCGGUGAUGUUCAAGUUGGGAUUGGCAGCCAUAAGAGGUGGAGGAAGAGACUCAGGCCCAGCAAUCUUUAGUCCUCAUGUGAUAAAGAAAGCGGAGUAUUUGGCUUUCUUGGAGAAAGACGAUGGGCUUGCUAAUUUGGAAAUCAUCGGAAGAGGUGGAUGUGGAGAAGUGUACAAAGCUGAGUUACCUGGAAGUAAUGGAAAAUUGAUUGCGAUAAAAAAGAUCGUUCAACCUCCAAGGGACGCUGCAGAAUUAACUGACGAAGACAGUAAGCUUUUGAACAAGAAAAUGAGGCAAAUUCGAUCAGAGAUAAACACAGUGGGUCAAAUUCGACACAGGAACCUCCUUCCUCUCCUGGCACAUAUUUCUCGGCCUGACUGCCAUUACCUUGUGUAUGAAUUCAUGAAGAAUGGUAGUUUACAAGACGUGUUGAAUCAGGUUUCGGAGGGCAACAGAGAAUUGGAUUGGCUUGCCAGGCACAGAAUUGCAUUAGGAGUAGCAUCAGGACUUGAAUACCUUCACAUUAACCAUAGCGAACGCAUUAUUCACAGAGAUUUGAAGCCAGCAAACAUCCUUCUUGAUGAUGACAUGGAAGCUCGAAUUGCAGAUUUUGGACUUGCAAAGGCAAUGCCAGAUGCGAAGACACAUGUCACAACUUCCAAUGUUGCAGGAACAGUGGGAUACAUAGCACCAGAGUAUCAUCAAACACUCAAGUUCACAGACAAGUGUGACAUCUACAGCUUUGGCGUACUACUUGGGGUUCUUGUGAUUGGAAAGCUCCCCUCUGAUGAGUUCUUUCAGACCACCCGCGAAAUGAGCUUGGUCAAGUGGAUGAGAAAUAUCAUGACAUCGGAGAAUCCAUUGCAGGCCGUAGAUCAGACCCUGAUAGGAAAAGGGUACGAUGAGCAAAUGUUGCUGGUACUGAAAAUUGCUUGCUUUUGCACUCUGGAUGACCCAAAACAAAGACCUAACAGCAAGGAUAUAAGGUGCAUGUUGUCUCAAAUCAAGCACUAGUUAAGUAUGCAACGUGUUCAAUAUGCGAGUAAGAAUAACAAAGCAUGUGAAAAAUGCUUACAUUUGAACUUUGGUUUUGUUUAAUUUAGCAAUCAAUGUAAGGUUCUAGCAUGGACAAAUUGUUGUCCAGUAAGAGCCAGUGAGCUUUAGCUUGCUGAUAUUUGUUGUCUCCGUUUGAAUCUCAAAUGGAUCUAAUUGUGUAUUAAAAAAAAAAAAACUUGUAUAAUUAUAGAAUUGGAGUGUUUUCAUACAUAAAAAAAGCCCAAAUUUCCUCCGUUUUGUUUCUGAGAUACUCCGCUAGUGGGAGAUUGAGACGGGAAGGCCGCCGAGCCAUUCUUCUAACUAUGUUCAAUUCUACACGUAGGAGAAGUAUAGGAUCGUCAUGAUAAACAUCCUUUUGACGAUAACGAUGAGUGUUCAUCUGAUAUGAGGAAUCCAUAGCUAAAGACAAGUAGUUAAACAACUAAUUAACUUUCAUCGUUGGAGACUUUAGUGCUGCGAGGUUCUCUGAAAUCCCAUUAUAAUGUCAGUCAGCCAAUAACCAUUAUAUCUUUAAUUUUCCAAAAUAACCAUCAAAUUCAGAAUUGCUCUCCACUUUCUUCCCCCCCAUCACUCAUCAUUCAUCAUUCAUAGAGUGAGGUUUCAUGUUUGACUUGUAUGACACGCGAAUUGAGCAGGCAUCGGUUAAAGCUCCCUAGCCAGAAUGAUUGUUCGCCAGCCUAUGUAAAAGAGACAAAAACUUUACUACCACAAGCAAAUGAUAAAAUUGAUCUAAGGAUUCAUUCACAAAGCGUUUGUCAGUUGGGACAAAUGCAGAGAAUAUGGAGAACCAUUAAAUUCAUCAAUCUGAAUGCUACAUGAUGCCCAACUGACAAUUAGAAAAUUUACUUCUUCAAACAAAUCUCUCUUGGUUUAGCCUUUUAGUUUAGACAAUGUUACAUUUCGUGCAGAUAUUAUCCACAAAAUCUCCGAGAGAGUCCCUUCUAUCUUACUAACUGCCUCUGCUUCAGCAGUUGCAGCAGCUCGUUGCACGGCCUCUGCAUCAUUACAGGGGUUCAUCAGGAUAAUUUAUGAUAGAAACGCAAUAUUAAACUCAGUUGGGUUGAUAAAAAAAA